AUGGGUUGCAGCACGCUCUUGUUGCUGCUCGCCGCCGCGCGCGGCUGGGUGCCCCCGCUCCGGUGCGGUCCCGGUUCGGCCCUGGGCUUCGCGCGGCGCCGCGCGCCGGCCCUGGACCUGCGGCCGCUGCCGCCGCUGGCGCCGAGCGUGGAGCGCGAGUUCGUCACGGAGGACAGCGACCUGUCGAUCAAAGACCGGUCCGUCGUCAUCGUCACGACGGCGUCGCUGCCCUGGAUGACGGGCACGGCCGUGAACCCGGCGCUGCGCGCGGCCUACAUGGCCGGCGGCGGCUACGGCGACGUGACGCUCAUGCUCCCGUGGAUGGCCGACGGCGGCGACCAGACGGCGCUCUUCGGCGCGUGCCGCUUCCCGGAGCCCGCGGCCCAGGAGGCCUUCGUGCGGGCCUGGAUCGCCGAGAACGCGCCGGACGCCGUGGGGCCCGACGGGUCGAGCUCCCUGAAGAUCGGCUGGUACCCGGCGCGCUACGCCGCGGGCCUCGGCAGCAUCCUGAAUCUGGACGACAUCACGUCCCACAUCCCCCGGGCCUGCGACGACGUCGUCAUCCUCGAGGAGCCGGAGCACCUCAACUGGUACCGCAACGGGCCCCGGUGGACGUCGCGGUUCCGCCACGUCGUGGGCGUCGCGCACACGAACUACGAGGCCUACGCGACGCUCGAGUCGCGCGACGGCCGCGUCGGCUUCGACGUCCUGGCGGAGCGCGUCUUCACGGAGACGGUGACGCGGGCCCACUGCGACGUCGUCGUCCAGCUCAGCGCGACGCUCCGGCCGCUGCCGCACUCGCGCGUCGCGAACGUCCACGGCGUCCGCAAGCCCUUCCUCGACGUCGGCGCGGCGGGCGGGCCGCCGGCGUUCCCGCCGCGGGGCGGCGACGCGCGGUGCUACUUCCUCGGCAAGGCCAUGUGGGCCAAGGGCUACGACCAGCUGCUCGUCUUCCUCGGCGACGGCGCGGCGGACGCGGACGCGCGCGUCGACUGCUACGGCGGCGGCCCGGACCUCGACGACAUCGUCGCCAAGUCCAAGAUCCUCGGCGUCGGCCUCGACUUCCGGGGCCCCGCGGACCACGCGGACGCGAACGUGUUCGGGGCGUACGACGUCUUCGUCAACCCGUCGAUCAGCGAGGUGCUCUGCACGGCGACGGCGGAGGCGCUGGCCAUGGGGAAGCGCGUCGUCAUCGCAAAGCACCCGUCGAACGAGUUCUUCUACCAGUUCGACGGAUGCCACGCGGUCGCGCCGGGCGACGCCGCGUCGUUUCGGAAAGAGCUCGCCGCGGCGCUCGCGGCCGCGGAGGACGACCGGGCGCGUUAUCUCCCGUCGUCGACGCCGGUGCGCGUCGUCCCCGACGCCCUGCGGCCCCUGACCUGGGACGCGGCGACGGAGCGGCUCGUCGGCGCCGCGGCGCUCGAC